CCUUUGCGCAACACCGGCGGCUUGACCACCAGGCAGGCGAGGCAGCCAGUCCCAAGCAGCCCGAGUCGGAGCGGAGCUGCAGGCAGACAGACAGGCAGGCAGGCAGGCAGCAAGAGAAACUGAGGGGCGUCCUGACAGAAGCAGCUGGAGGAGAAAAACCUGUUGACCCGCUUCCUACCAGCUUCACCCCCCACUUGUCUCAGUCAUCCGCAGACAGCCGAGACGCUCACACAUCUUCUUGGACAUCUGUUUUUAUUCCCUUGGAGCGAACCAGGGGCGGGGAGGGAAGCGCUCCAUCACUGGCUGGAAGUUUUGCUCCGGAGAUGUCCGGGUCGUUCUGCAAAACUUUGUACCCGUUCAGCGGGGAGCAGCACCAGCAGGGACUGAGCUUCGAGGCCGGAGAGAUUGUCAAGGUGGUCCAGGCUCUGCCCGGAGGAUGGUGGGAGGGGGAGAAGGAUGGAGCCAGGGGAUGGUUCCCCUCCAGUUAUGUGCAGGUCCUGGAGCAGAGGACAGCGUCUCUGAGUCAGCUCCCUGCCGAGGACAUCGGAGAGCCUCUGCCUCCUCACUGGAGAUGCUACAUGUCUCCACAAGGAAAGAAGUACUAUGUCAACACAGUGAACAAUGAGACCACGUGGGAGAGGCCGUCCAGCGUCCCGGGGACCCCCAAGAGCUCCAUCCGACACAAGAACUCGCUGCCAGCAGUGAAUGGGUUCCAUUCAGGUGGCAGCCCCUUGCAUCAUCACGGUGACCAUUCACACAACAGCCCUGUUAGGAAGAGCAGUACAGAGCCCCAGAGCCCAGGAUCGACGUCACCCACCAGGAAACAGAACAAGGAGGCCGCCGUUACGAUCAACUGUGUGACGUUCCCGUCUCCGGUCUGUAUGGCCGAACAGCAGCUGCUGAAACCAGACGAAUGGAGUUACUGUGACUACUUCUGGGCCGACAGGAAGGAUCCCCAGGGCAACGGUUGCAUCACUGGGUUUGAGGUUCUGUUGCAGAAACAGCUGAAGGGUAAACAGAUGCAGAAAGAGAUGGCCGAGUUCGUACGAGAAAGGAUAAAGAUAGAAGAAGAGUACGCCAAGAAUCUCUCGAAGCUCUCGCAGAUCCCUCUAGCAAGCCAGGAAGAGGGAACUUUGGGAGAGGCAUGGGCCCAGCUCAAGAAGAGCCUGGCAGACGAAGCCGAGGUUCAUCUAAAGUUCUCUUCAAAGCUCCAGAGCGAAGUGGAGAAACCGUUCCUGACAUUCAGGGAGAACUUUAAGAAGGACAUGAAGAGGUUCGACCACCACAUCGCCGACCUACGGAAGCAGCUCGUCGGUCGUUACGCGGCCGUGGAGAAGGCAAGGAAAGCCCUGGCCGACAGACAGAAGGAGCUGGAGUUAAAGACCCAGCAGCUGGAGAGCAAGCUCAGCAGCAAGACUGAGGAGGAGAUCAAGAAGGCUCGCAGGAAAUCCACACAAGCAGGAGAUGAUCUGAUGCGCUGCGUUGACCUGUAUAACCAGUCGCAGUCUAAAUGGUUUGAGGAGAUGGUCACCACCAGCCUGGAGCUGGAGAGACUGGAGGUGGAGCGGGUGGAGAUGAUCCGGCAGCAUCUCUGUCAGUACACGACUCUACGGCACGAGACGGACAUGUUCAACCAAAGUACUAUGGAGCCGGUGGACAAGCUCCUGCAGUGUGUGGACCCCAUCAAGGAUAGAGAGACGUGGGUGCAGGAGAAUAAGACGGGGCAAAUCAGGCCCGUCGACAUAGAGAUCUGAACUCCCGGCUGAGUGACGAGCUCACUCCAGGUCAAGAGACCCAGGAGCUCCAUGUCUGAGGACGUGACUGGGAGAUUAGCUCCGAGUUGGGAUCCUUACCUCCUUUCUCCCUGUGAUACACGCAUUACAGUCAGCAGGCUGAGGAAGAGCUCGCCGGAUUCUUACCCGCCACACGUUGUCAAUAUGUUGGGGAAGAUGAUUUCCAUUAUUUGGGGGAAGAGUUCAAGAACAAUGUUUCGGUAUGAAGAUGGCAGCAGAGUUCUGUUUAAGUACACUGAUUCUUGGUCGGGGGGGAAUGGUAACUGUGAGUGGGAAUUGUUUCCUAAAGGAUACUCAGGUGAAGUGAAUGAUGAAGUAGCACCAACUUGUACAUUUGUAAAUGUUGAAAAGCUUUACGUCAUGCAGCAGUAAAAUGGUAAUUCAUGAUUUAACAGAUGCUGCUAAAACUAUAUGCAGUUAACCGAAGAGUGUUGUCAUAGUGCUGCAUAACGGAAUUAGGUUAUAAUACAGUAAAGCUAACAUCUGGUGCCGCGGUGGAGCUACAACCUUUUAGCUACUGUUGCUACAAUGUUCUGUGGAAGACAACGGCUGGUCGACUUUAAACAAAAUGCAGCAAACAGCGAGAUUGGAAACAGAUUUACCAUUAAAAUUAGAAAUAAAAUUGGUAAAGAUCUUUUUUUUUUUUUUUUUUUACAAAGAAUUAAUCAUAAAUGCGCUGUUAAAAUUAUUUCUGUUGUGGUAAUCUUUAUAAUGGAAAGUUAGCUAACUUAAGCUAGCGCUGAAGCUUGGGGUCGCUGAAUUUAUGUUUACAGUUUGUUUAAAUGAGAAGACGUUGGUAAAACUAAUAAAUUUACUCAAAAUGACUACAUG